AGUUCCUUCACUUCCUGAACACCUCAGCUCCUCCACGGAGAUUGUUUUUAUCCCUUCCUCUGCUGCCUUCUCUAACCUCAUCUCCGGCUUUAAUACCCCUCUGACAACGCGGCUCCCUCCCGCUUUAACCCCCGAAACCACAAUACGGAGGUCGGUGCUCCGGACCAGGGAGAUAUUAAACCGUUGAACCGGGAAAGGGGAGUUAGCUUCGGGGCUAACAGCGUUAGCAGCGGUGAGAAGGCUCCGGACCAGCGGCCAGAGGAGCACAUUAUGGCCGCAGCAAGCGUCUCUCAGGCGGUGGAGGAGAAGGGAGUGAGUCGGGGUCAGAGUGAGGUGAACAGGAAGUUGAAGUACAUCAGUCUGGCGGUGCUGGUGGUCCAGAAUGCGUCGCUCAUCCUCAGCAUCCGGUACGUGCGAACGUUACCCGGCGACCGCUUCUUCACCACGUCGGCGGUGGUGAUGGCCGAGGUACUGAAGGUGCUGACGUGUCUGCUCAUCAUCCUGCUGCAGAAGAGAUGUAACGUGAAGCAGACGGUUCUCUUCCUGGUCGACUCCGUGGUGUUUCAGUACAAAGACACUCUGAAGCUGGCCGUUCCCUCGCUCAUCUACACGCUGCAGAACAACCUGCAGUACGUCGCCAUCUCCAACCUGCCCGCCGCCACCUUCCAGGUGACGUACCAGCUGAAGAUCCUCACCACGGCUCUGUUCAGCGUCUUGAUGCUGAGGAAAUCCCUCUCCAAAGUUCAGUGGGUUUCUCUGCUGCUGCUGUUCGCCGGGGUCGCCGUCGUUCAGGUGCAGCAGGAGGGCAAGAAGGAGGCGUCGGUGUUGGACGGCACCAACCAGAACUACACCGUGGGCCUGGUUGCCGUGGUGAUCAGCUGCCUGUCGUCGGGCUUCGCCGGCGUCUACUUCGAGAAGAUCCUGAAGGGCAGCUCGGCGUCCGUCUGGGUGAGGAACGUGCAGCUGGGCGUGUUCGGCAUGGCGCUCGGCAUGCUGGGAAUGUGGUGGAACGACGGCGCCGCCAUCGCCGAGCGCGGCUUCCUGUUCGGCUACACCGGCAUGGUGUGGUGCGUCAUCUUCAACCAGGCGUUCGGCGGGCUGCUGGUCGCCGUGGUGGUGAAGUAUGCUGACAACAUCCUGAAGGGCUUCGCCACGUCCUUCUCCAUCAUCGUCUCCACGGUGAUGUCCAUCUACCUGUUCGGCUUCCACGUGGACCUGCUCUUCACGGCGGGGGCGGGGCUCGUCAUCGGCGCCGUCUACAUGUACAGCCUCCCCAAAGCGGCACCGAGCUCCUCGUCCUCCUCCUCGUCCUCUUCGUCUUCCUCCUCUGCGUCUUCAGCGACGAACGGGGGUGUGGAGAUGGAGGCGUUUCUGCCAAAAGCUAAGGAGGGAGGCCUCGAGUCUCCUCCCGUCGCCGUCUCCAUCACAGACUAACGGCUAAAAGCACAACAGGAAGAGGAGGAGAAGGAUGAGGAGGAGGAUGAAGUGCACCUGUCUGUCUAUCUGUUUCCUCUCUGCCUUAAAACUCUUUACUUUACUAACAGAAUGAAACGAGGAGAAGCCUUACGCUGGAUAUUCCUGAAUACUGAUUACUGUCGGUGAGAAUCUGCAGUCUGAUCCCGUCUUCACUGAGCAGCUGAUGGAAAAUAUUGCUACAUUUACUUUCCUCUUCAGGACUGCAAUUAGGGAUUUCUAAGAUAAUAGAUUGACUUCUGAAUUUAUUUGUAUUUAUUUAUUUUUUAAAGCAAAUGAUCCUUUUUUUUGAUGAUAAUUAGUUUGAUUUAUUCCAACAUUUUAUUAUUUAUUUUGUAAUUUAGUUCCAUUUUGGCAAGAAAAAAACCGACGUUAGGAAUAAAAGUAAGAAAUAAUAAAACACAAUAAACAAAUGAAAGCAGGGAAUAAAAUACCCAGAUUUCUUAUAUCUGAAAAACACUUCCAAACUAUAGAAAAUAGAAAAGCUGACCAAAGGUUGAAAAACAAAAACAAAAAACGAUGAAUUAUAAUCAGGUUUUAUCAAAGACAGUGCCCAAUGAUUGUGUCCUACUCUAUUUAACAUAGGACAUUAAAGAUCCAUACUUUUGGUGUCUUAAUUCUUACAGGAUGUCACUAAAUAAUGUUUAUUAAUCAAUAUUUCCAUCUUCCUAUCUGAACCAUAAUACCCCAACAUUUUGGUAUUUAUAUUCUCUGUUUGGAGAGUAAAAACACCCAGGAAGGAUUCCACUGAGACAUUUCUAUAAAUGCUUGAGUUCCCGUUCUCAAUACCAGCUUCGGUCCUUAUUUAGUCUCCUAAAAAUCAAAUAUUUAGAGAGGAAAUUGUCCCAAAAAACACCUGAAAUAUCUGAUUUGAAGUUGAGCUGCUCAGUGAAACCGGGUCAGAGGUCGAGCUCCUCUUCCUGUCGGCGUCGCUCGGAGACGUUUGUGUUCGGUGCCUUUUUUCUUCUCAUCUGUACAGAAGCCAUACGAUUGUUAGCUGUACAGUUCGCUCUCAGACAGCUGGAAGUACAGACUCUGCAGCUGCACACGGAAACUCUCGGGAGUCUGUAUUUUUACUUUAAGGGACACAAACUGGCUCCUCAGACCGGCUGCUGUGGGAUGCAGCAGUGCGGGAUCUGGAGCAUCUUUUUUAUAUAAACGAAUGAAUCCUAAUAAUUAUUCUGCUGUUCGUCCCUCUGCGGGCGUCCAGUUGAAGGGGGCGUCCUGCAGGGGCGUCCUGCCGGUGCGUCCUGAAUGUUCAGUCAGUCGUCCUUCGAGCUGCUUCCUGUUGUUUACGUUUCGCUUUGGGAGGAAAGUUUCCGUGGUUUAUCUCCAGAUCUCUGCAGGAGGGCACGGACACCAGAGUCUGUUUAAAGUCCCACGCGUUUUAGGGCUGCAGGAUGUGGAAGGAGCAACUUACCGAGUGCAGAAAGGCUAUAGUAGAGACGAUAUUGUUUAGAGAACAAAUUGAAUUUAGGAGAUUAAAAUCACACAUUUACAAAAGAAGAUGUGUGAAAUAUCGGCACUUCGUUGUCCCCCUCCUGCAGAUCAACGUGGAGAAGAAAUACAAAAACAAAAGGAUGUUUGUUUUCCUCCCAAAGUUCAAAAAUAUCUUCUGUUUGUUUUGUUAUUAUCGAGAAUCAAAAAGAGAACCAAGAUUUAAUUUAGUUAUUUUCUGUUUUUGUUGUUUUGGGAACUUAAAGUAUAUAUUAAUAUAUCAGUGGUUUUUAUUGAAUGUGGGAAUGAAAGGUUGGUUUUGUUUUGGGUGUGUGUUGGUGAAGGAGGAGAAACAGGAAGCUCCGUUAUAGAUCAUUAUCCUAUUGGUGGAGAGGGGGAAGUGCAACCAGCUCUGGAUUUUACUUUUAUAUUAUUUUAUUUUGGAAAUCUGAUUUAUUCCCUAAACUGAGAGCCAUCUCGCAUAAAUACUUUGGUAACAAAUACAUACUACUUUGCUUUAAGAGGUCAGGAGCUGUGAAAAGGUGCGAAACCGGUGUUUUUACUCUGGGAUCUUGAUAAGAAAACAAGAAAUAAAUACCCUUAUCAUUGGAAAAUCAUAUUGUUAUCCUAAUAUAACGCAACCCCCGUGUCUUUAAUCAUGACAUCUAAAAAAUAUUGGGAUAAUAAUAGACAUUUCUUACUGAAAAGAGGUUAUUCAAUAUUCUGAAGAAUUUACCGCUUCUAUUUUAUUUUGAAAAUCUCCAGAUAACAGGAUUUAAAAAAUAAUGUGAAGUCUGCUCUUCGUUUGAUAAAUUACUCAAAAAAGGGACAUUUAUUUUCUGCUCUUCAAUCAGAAUUAAAAGUAGAUAUUUCGAUCAUAUUAAAUGUAAUAAAUUGUACUGAGAUUUUUUUUUUGAAACUGUUUUUUAUUUUCAGGACUCGAAUAAAAAGAAAUCCUGUAAAAAUCACUACAGCGUAAUUCUCCAGAAAUCACAGGAUUUAAAUCUCUUGAUUUUAUUUUUGACUUCCUCCUCCUGUGUGUGUGUGAGCUGUCUGAUGGGAUGGACGGGUGUCCCCCAGUUUGUGAGUUUGCACUUGUUGUACCGAUGAACCUGUAAAUACUUCCUUUGGUAAAGUUUUAUAUAAACACGGACAUGGACUUAAA